AACCCGUACCAAGUGGGACAUUUUUGCGUGUGCAUUAGUGAAAAUCUUAGGAUUGUUUACUUGUAUAUUUAUACCAUGCAAAAGAGUCUGUGUGUAAAGUGGCACUUACUCGUAGAUUUAUACAAUGUUCAUUUUUGACUCGACUUAAACGAUGUUUUCCAAGGGUAACGUAGGCUUAAGUGUAAGACCUAGUCGAGGUGAAAUUAUACCUUUCCCUCCAUUCGAGAAACCCCGACCUAUUGGGUAUUUUAGCAUCGUGGGCGGAAUUUUGAGAGAAUAUGAACCUAAUGCUCAACAACUGCGUUACUACAGACCUCCACCAUCUCAAAAAUAUCCUCUAGAUCUUAAUGAAGGGCUUAGUUUAGCUAUCAAAAAACCAGAAACAGUACAAGAGGAAGGACUUGACCACUUAUUAAAAUUUAUCUUUGAUAAUCGCGAACGUUUAACAAGGUCUUUGUCGGCUUGCGACAACAGAAAACGUCUUAUUGCUGAAUUUGUGUGCUGGCGAGGGCUUUUACGUUUGUUGAUGUGCACUCCAUAUGAAUAUCGAAGUGAUUGGUCAAUAGUUGUAACACGAUUUAAUGGCACCUUUUUUCUUUGGAAACGCGACACUGAUAUUGAUAAGUUGCAGCGUUCUCAAGAGACCGAACAACAACGUACAUUUGCUUCGUGGGGUUUCAAAUUUGAACAAUAUUGUCUAACAGAAUCGCCGUUUCUGGAGCCGGACACAAGUGCACCAGUUGAUGAAUGCAGCGAAUUUUCUUGUCUUUUUACAACAAAAAUUGGGGGUCUAGAUGUACUAUAUGGUGCUGAAAUGGAUGGCAUUGUAAGUGAGCAACCGAUAUUGCUUGAUGAUAACCCUGCAUAUUUAGAAAAACUAAAAUUUGUAGAAGUAAAAGUACGUCAAAUAAACCUGAAUAGAAAUCAAAUUCAAUCUUACAAACGUCAUAAAACUCGCAAUUGGUGGUGCCAAUCAUUUUUGGUAGGUAUUCAAGAUAUCUAUAUGGGUCUACGGAAUGAGCAGGGACAAGUUGAACGCAUUGAACACGUUGAAGUACGCUCUCUACCAAAGCAAGGAAUAAACCAAUGGACACCAAAUGUAUGUGCUACAUUUUUGAUUGAUUUCUUAAAUUACAUAAAAUCAAUAAUGUCUGAAGUAAAUUGCCCGUAUACUGUUUACGACUUUUACUUCAACUCCAGGCGCGGUACCGUAACGUAUGAAUGCAUACGAGGGAAGAACGAGUAUUCAUUUCUACCAGACUACUACAUUAAGUUAAUGAAUUCUAAAAACAACAGUAAAAAACAGUAAGAAAAAUUUAAGAUACUUAUUAACAUACAUAACAAGUACAUAAGUAAAAUAUGUAAAUAAAAAUUAAUUAAAUAUUUUUCAUACAAAAUAAAAA